UUGCUGAAGAACAACACUUGGGCUCAACUAUUGUGGAAAACCAAAGCGCUUGAAAAUGGCCCUCAGUAGAGCACUGAGCAAUGAGAAACACCUGCUGAUGGGAGUCGCCCGUGAGUUGGGCAAUAACCGUGCAGGUGGUGUGAACUACAUCAUUGAACGUCCUGCAGAAGACGGCCCUCCUGAAGUAAUCAGGAUUGUCGACAGUGGCAAAGCUCCCAAUCUCCCAAUCUGCAUCUCUUCUGAUGAGGAAGAGGAAGGUGAGGUUGUGGAUGAAGGUGAAGGCAUUCCCCCGCUCCCCUCUGACGAUGAGGAUGCGUUUGAGGAACUAAUGGUGAUGGUCGAGGCAGGGGAUGAAGACACUGAUGAUGAUGAGGACUGGUCUGACAGCGGAGAUUCUGCGUAUGACUCCACGUGUGAGGAUGAGGAGGACUUGGAAGACGACUACGAUGAUGACAACAUCAGACCUCGCUCCACUCUCAUCCAGCGGUUCCCACCAGAAAACUUUUUGCAGGGAUGGCGACAAGUGUAUCCUCCUGAGCAGCAAGUGGAACAACCUGAAGACGGUCUGCCCUCAGUUUUUCAAAGGUUGGAAGAGUCAGCUCCCUCAACCUCAGGCCACAGCUCCUCCACAAACAGGAGCACGGAAGAUAGCUACGGAGAGCAGGUAAGUGUUAAAAGGCAGAGGUGGAAUUGUGUGGGAAGCCAUGAGGAGUCAGCCGCUUCAACUUCAAGCCUCAGCUCCUUCACAAACAGGAGCCGGAAAGAGAGCUACUGGGAGUCAGCUCCCUCAGCUUCAGGCCUCGGCUCAUUUGCAAACAGGAAAUACUGGCCGGGUCCUUUUGAGUGCUCAAGGUGGGCUGAUGACAGCGACUCCGAUUAGGACUGACAGCCCUGUUUGCUGCAGGAUUGGAAAACUGUAAAACCUUUGUGUCUGGCAGGGCUGGCCAAGCCCCAGGUAACCUUCCCACACGUCUGGCCUGGUUGGUGAAGACUUAAGUAGCAUCUUGCACCAGGGCUUUUUUUUUAAACAUCUGGCUUCUUUAUAUAGAUUUUUCUUUUGAAUAUGACUAGUUCCCUUUAAUAAUAAUGUAUAGGACACCUAAAUGAACUGCAUGUAGUGCUUUAAUCCAAAGCAUUUUUCGAAUGUGUCUCUUUCACCCAUUCUCUCACACACACACACACACACACUCAUACACCGAUGGCAGCAAGCUACCAUGUUUGUAUUUUUUUAAACUAAGCUGUAGAUGUGUAUACCAGAGGCAAGUUAACAAUUAAGGAUAACGUUAACAAAAGUGUCGUGCAAAUUUUGAUUUCACUUAUUUAAUAGUUCAUUAGAUUAUUAAUGUCACUCACUCUGUUGUACUGUCAUGUAUUUUUCUUUGCAACGUGUAGCUGGCUAUACCAGACAAAGGUAAAUUAAUACUGAAUGACAAGUCUCCUGGAAGUCUUAAUCUCACUUACCGGUAAUUCAAAGAUUGUUAAUUUUACUCACUCUGUUGCACAUCGUGUUUUUUUUAGUUAGGUGUAGGUGGCUGUAACGUACCGAGGUAAAAUAAUAAUAAAAAGCAACUUUGAUGAAAGUCUUCUGCAAUUCUUAUCACUAAUUUAAUAAUUCAAUGAUUAUUUAUCUCACUCACUCUGUUGUACUUCCAUGCCCCCCCCCCCCAGGUGUGUAGAUGGCUGUUGUGACAGGUGAAGCUGUGGAAGCUGGAGCACUGCCUCUGGUCUGCUGCAUCCAGCAGAGGCAUCUGUUCUUUCCCAGCCUUCAGGAUUAUACACACUGCUCCCCACAAGAAGCGACAAAGUGGAAGACUACAUCUGGGAUUUCCAUGACGACAGAGAAGAUGUGUUUGCUCCGGACCAGAUGUGAAGGAUGGACGACCAGCUGGAGAGCGGUGCUCCCCUCUCUUUGAGUUGGCUAAAGAGGAAAUUUGCCUCGUUCCUGUGCCGAAGACGCCGCGUCCCAGUGGCUCCAACGACUACAGACCGGUGGCACUGACCUCCCACAUAAUGAAGACCCUGGAGAGACUAGUGCUGGAACAGCUGUGGCCCAUGCUCAGACCCCUCUUGGACGCCCUUCAAUUCGCCUAACAGCCCCGGCUGGGAGUUGAGGAUGCCAUGAUCUUCCUACUGAACCGCAUCUACACCCACCUGGACAAGCCGGCAAGCACGGUGAGGAUCAUGUUUUUUGACUUCUCCAGUGCCUUCAGCACCAUCCGGCCAGCCCAGCCGGAUCCUGGAUUGUUGACUACCUGACUGGCAGACCACAGCACGUGCGUCUGCAGCACUGUGUGUCGGACAGCGUGGUCAGCAACGCUGGGGCCCCUCAGGGGACUGUCCUCUCUCCCUUCCUCUUCACCAUCUACACCACGGACUUCAGCUACCACACAGAGUCCUGCCGCCUUCAGAAGUUUUCUGAUGACUCUGCUGUGGUGGGGAACUUUGUCUCAUGGUGUGAGCGGAACCAUCUGCAGCUCAAUGCGACAAAGUCUAAGGAACUGGCAGAUCUACGAAGGGCCAAGGCACCAGUGACCCCGGUUUCCAUCCAGGGGAUCAGUGUGGACAUUGUAGAGGAUUACAAGUACCUGGGAGUACACAUGGACAAUAAACUGGACUGGGCUAAGAACACUCAAGCUCUUUACAGGAAGGGCCAGAGCAGCCUCUAUUUCCUGAGGAGGCUGAGGCCCUUCAACAUCUGCCGGACAAUGCUGAGGAUGUUUUAUUCAAUUUUCCUUUAGGCCUAUUUGGAUUACAUGUGUAUAUUUUUGGAUGACGUGUAUUUAUUGUUAAUUUCUUUUUACUGUAUAUAUGGUAGCCUUUCUAUUUGGCUUCUGAAUAAUUAAAUAUGUAUUUUUUUAUGA